AUGCCCGCAGAGGGAGCCGGGCGCCCCAUCGACGACGACCACGAGGGGGACGGCGACGACGAAAAGCUGAACAAAGAUAAACUUCCGGCGGUCCGCGCGGAUUUCUUGGAUAGAAUUUGGUGUUCCCCGCGCGCCAGGGAAGGGGGUCCAGCUCCGAUCAAAGCUAUGCAUCUUGUCCUUCUGGCGAUGAUCUCGUCCAAAAUGUCGCGGGAUCUUGUCGACGCCAGUUUUGGUCAUCGCCUGUGCCAGCCGUCGCCGAUUCGCGGGGAUGUCCCACGAGUUGUCGGCGAACAGGAUGGACCGGUGACCGAGAUCGGCACCGACGUUCCGCGUUCAGUCUUGGCCAUGGGUGUCUGCUCUCCUGCUCCCCACCCAAGCAUCCGAAGCAUUGGUCUUCUCAGCCGCGGCGCUCCGGGUCCUAUUUUUGCCUUCCUCUGCCUUCGAAGCAGCGCAGUGCUAGGAGGUCUGCGUGGCGUCGGCCCAGACGCCCCGAUGACCUGA